AUGCCUCAAGCACAGCCAGAGUUGAAGAAGUAUCUCGACCGCCGCCUGUUCGUUCAGCUCAACGGCAGUCGCAAGGUCAUUGGCGUCCUUCGCGGUUACGAUGUUUUUUUGAACAUAGUUCUGGACGAUGCCGUCGAGGAGAAGGCUGGCGGCGAGAAGGUCAGAAUCGGCCAAGUCGUCAUACGCGGCAACUCGGUUGUCAUGUUGGAAGCACUGGAACGCAUGGACGAACACGACCGACGAUGA